UGGAGGUGAUCUAUCUCUCAGUUCGCUCCUUCUCCUCUUAACCCCAUGCAUGUCUUUGUCCUCUAGCCCUGACGAUCUGGCCCCAGCAUUGGUCGGCUUGGGAUCGACGUAUCAGUUGACUCGGUUGCAUGGCGCUCGCCGCUUCUUUCCUUGGCUGAGGUCGCCAAAUAUUCUCUCAUUCAACGGUGAACGCUCCUUCUGCCCGUACACAGGUCUUCGAUGCGACAUUUGAGCGUCAAUUUCGGCUGUCCAGUUUGUGGGAGUGGCGACCAGUCGUAGUGGGCCACUCUCGCUUUCCCCCCCGUGGACCAGAACGGCCAAGGUCGGACAUUUACCAGUUUCCAUCAAAUCACUGCAUCUCGCUUCGAUUGCUACGGUGAUUCCAAGAGAUCUCGCAACUGACCUGACCUUACCUUUCUUCUACGUCAAAAUUCUUCGCCCUCUCAUCACUUUGGAUCCUUGGACCUGGACUGUCCAGUCCACGCCCUGUCCCAGGCACGCAGAAGGGGACAGUGGGAUGCCUCGACAUUACAACACGACCCUCUUUCGAUUUUCGAUAACGAAGUACGACCGGUGUUGGGGCCUGCUUCGUGGAGCCGCGACUCUCCGUCGUCAAAGAUGCAGAAUCAUCUCUUCUCUCUCAAAGAGUCGCCGAGCAUCGCCUCCUCGGCGUCGCCACUGAGUGCCCACGAUCCAAGCCAGCAGUCUCACUCGGCCACUUCGUUCCCUCCACAUACUCGACCUGGGUUGACAAUACAAGAUCCAGCAACCAUGUCUUCUUACUAUCCUUCUCACGAGCUUGGAUCGGCCUCCCCGCACGAUGGCUAUUCGCAUCUCGGCGAAGCCUUACGAGCAGGAGGUGGGGGAAGUGGCACUCCCUCUCCUGCUCAAAUUUCGGCCAUGAUGAUGCAUAACCCAAAAAGGGCCUAUCGACAGAGACGGAAAGAUCCGAGCUGCGACGCUUGUCGCGAGCGCAAAGUGAAGUGUGACGCAACAGAGACCUCUAGUUGUACCGAAUGCUCGAGUCGCAAUGUCCGUUGCCAGUUCACCAAGGACACAAACCGUCGCAUGUCGUCGAUCAAGUGAGUCCGCCCGACCACUUCGCAAGCCAAUUUUCUGACUCCCCACAGACAAGUACAGGAUCUGGAAAGACAGUUGAUUGAAGCACGUCAACAGCUUGAGCGGUUGCGUGCCGUUGAGCAAAGGAACGACCUGUCCACCGAGUUCCGUCCUGACACCGCCUCUCUAGCCUUCGCAGACUUCCCAACGGUCGGAAAAUCGCCACGAAGGAUGUUGAAAGCAAGGUCUCCUCAAGAUCUCACAAACGCAAGGAUGCAGUUGAAUGACAUUGGCCGCGGCUUGUUGAAACCCCCUGUCACGGGGGCGCACCCACGAUCACAUAGUGCGCACUCGAACGUUUCAGAUCUGCAAGGUUUGCCAUCACGAGCGGCGGCAGAGCGACUCCUGCACUAUUACCACGAAUGUGUACAUCGCCAUUUCCCUGUCUUGUAUUGGCCGAGAUUCCAGCGCACUUUCGCGAUAGCCGUGGAGAAACCAAGUACACAUACCCUACCAAUCGACUGGGUGGCGACUUUGUAUGGAGUGUUAGCAUGCGGUGCGCUAGCUACCCACGAGUCCAGCAGACUUCCGGAAGCACAGGAUUACCUUACGAGGGCAAUAUCAACCAUCAACUUUUGGGAAGAUGAUGUCACUAUAAACCAGGCAAUCGUGGCGUUUCUGGCCAGCAUCGCGCUGGUCGAGAUGAACAGAAAGUCUGCCAGCUGGAUCUGGCUGGGCUCUGCCAUUCGUAUCGUUCAGGAUCUGGGCUUGCAUGUCCAGGGUGGCCAAUGGUCGCCUAUAGAGGGAGAAAUGCGCAAACGGAUAUGGUAUUCCUUCUAUGUUUGGGAUCGACUCCUAGCAUUAGAACUGGGCAAGCCUAUGCUUAUCAAUGACGACGAAUGCGACACCGAGUAUCCUCAGGUCCUCGAUGAGGAAAGACUGGUGACCGACGACAUCCAGACUCCUCUCCCACCCACCCUGCUGCUGGCGAGCGUUCACGUCGCCCGGCUUUUGGCACCAUUGGCGAAGAUGUUCCGUUCCCUCUGUAUCACGAAUGAAGGGUUGACGAAGUUCGAGACCCAUCUGGGCGACUGCCUACAACUCUUUCCCCGGCCGUUGCACCUGUCAGCCACAACACCCUUAGAUCCGUGUAUCAUGGCCCCAUUACUUUAUUUUCAAAACACCAGAAUACUACUCCAUCGCCAUAAUCUAUCGCCUUCAUCCUCUCCCGAGCAGCGAGCGCAGGCGAUCGAACAGUGCGUCCACGCGGCUCGAGAUACUGCGACUGUCAUAUCAAGAUGCUUAGCACCUCAUUUGCAGUCGCAUGAUUUGGAGCAGCGAUUUAUUCUCUCUUCCACAACUCUGAUCUGCACCCAUUUGUGGCGCUGCAUGCUUCUGCUUCUAUUUCGACAAUUUUUCGACCCUUUUUUUGUGGUUCUGCGGGCUGCUUCUGUCAUUAACGAUGCGCGGUCCAUCAACAUCUGUUGUGGGAGGCACCUUUCCUUCUUCCUACGUCGGCUGGUUGAGCACUAUGAACGGCCGGGCUCCCUCGACCCUGAGCACGACGAAGAAAUCCUGGUUUAUCUCUCUGCGGACCUGCAAGCGAGUACAAAUAGCUGGGUGUGGGGCAAUGCUGAGACUGGAACACAUCUCAGCCGGCGUCAAAAGCAUGGCAGACCCAAGCAUCUGAAUCCGGAGACCGAGCAGCACUCAAUACCAAGUGCUCAGUCACCGUCCUGGGAUAAUUUUCUUUCCGAAGAGGAACAGCAUGACUGGGGCGGGUGGCAGCAUAUCGAGCAAUCAGCGAGAUACUUGCAACGACUAUGCGACUCAAAGCAACAGCGUGCACAUGAUCAACACCAAACUCCUUACCCAAGUCAACAAGCAUCAAACGAGCAUACGCCGGGACCGACACUUCCGCCAUUGAACGCAUCGAAUCAACCUACAGGCGACCAUCGAUCACGAAUGACGAUUGCGAAUAUCAUAUAAUAGAGUACGAAUGCAAGUUUUAAUCAGACAGUCACGAAAAUUGUAUGACUGGUUAUAUAUGUUUGACGAGCAGUCAACCGCAUCGAAGCAUUGAUGGAGAUACCCUAUACCUAGAAACGAAGCAAGCAAUGACAACCCGCCGAAAACUUCCGUCUCGCAUUCUGCAUUCGAACAAAGGUACGACAUGUGCCCCUGGAGACACCCAGCUGGAGCACAGGGCUUUGUGACUUGGCCUCUGAUCGAACACGUUGUCGCCGCCUCCCGUAUGACCAUGUGCUUAUCGCCUCCUGGACAAGUCGAUACAUUGAUUUGGUAUUCUGACAAUAUUGUGGCAGGAGAAGAAAAAAACCGGACAUCGCGCCAUUGUUUCGCGAGUGAAUCAUCGUGACUAAACCGCCUCUCCCUUGCAAGUUCUUGCCAACAUCUAUCGGUACUCG